AUGGAGCGCGGCAAAAGUAGCUUGCAAGGAGUUGGAGUUCCUAGCUUGCAAGGAGUUGGAGUUCCUAGCGGAGUUGUAGAUCAAGGAGUGAGUCAAGGAGCUGCUGCUGGUACUGCACUCCCUCCACUUCGAAAAAGGAAACUUAAUGCUAGUGGUAGUAGAAAAACUUCUACGGUUUGGGAAGAGUUUAACAUUUUACCGGAUGAGCCUGAACCUAUAGCCGCGUGUAAACACUGUCAUAAAAGGUACCGAUGUGACCCUAAAACACAUGGUACUUCUAACAUGCUAGCUCACUCGAAAGUGUGUUACAAAAACCCUGCCCUUUUGUUGAAAGACCCCAAUCAGACAAACCUUGUAAGCGGCGAGGGUGGGUUUUUAGUUCCAACUAGUCAAAGGUUUAAUGCUGCAGCCUGUAGGAAGGCCAUUAAUACCUUUGUUAUCCUUGAUGAACAUUCCUUUAGAGUGGUUGAGGGUGUUGGUUUUAAGCAAAUGUGUAAACAAUUGCAACCCCAAAUGGCUAUCCCUACUAGGAGGACCGUUGCUAGGGAUUGUUUUCAGCUUUACCUAGCUGAAAAGUCACGUCUUAAAGCCUUUUUUAAAUCUGAUUGUACUAGGGUUGCACUAACCACAGACUGUUGGACUUCGAUACAAAACCUUAGUUAUAUGACCACCACUGCACACUUCAUUGACACUGCUUGGAAGUACCAAAAAAAAAUUAUUAGUUUCUCUUUAGUUCCAAAUCACAAAGGUGAUACCAUUGGCAUGAAAGUCGAGGACGUUUUGAGGGAAUGGGGGCUUAGGAAAGUGUCUACAAUUACCCUGGAUAACGCAACAGCAAAUGAUGUGGCUGUGAGUUAUUUGGAUAGAAGACUUAAGAGCAAGAAUGCUUUACUGGGUGUAGGGUCUAUUGAAUCAGUUCGCACUGCUGUUAGGUUUGUAAGGUCUUCUCCACAAAGAGCUAUGAAGUUUAAGGAGUGUGUUGAACUUGCGGGCAUAACUUGUAAAAGAAAACUUUGUCUUGAUGUUUCUACAAGGUGGAAUUCCACUUACCUAAUGUUGGAUGCUGCUGAAAAGUUUGAAGCUGCAUUUGACAAUAUGAUUGAUGAGGAUCCUGGAUACAUCGAAUAUUUUGACCUCCUUACCGGUCCACCCGGUUCUCAGGAUUGGAAAAAAGUUAGGGCUUUUGUGGUUUUCUUACAAACCUUCUAUGAGGCAACCAAAGUGUUUUCAACUUCGCAAGAAGUGUCCUUGCAUUUAGCUUUUCAUAACUUGUCUUCAAUUUUGUGUGAGCUUCAAGAAGCUUCAUUUAACUUGAAUUCUUAUGUGGCUCCAAUGAUUUCACAUAUGAAGGUUAAAUAUGAUAAGUAUUGGGGGGAUGUGGGAAAAGUGAAUCAUUUUCUUUACUAUGGAGUGAUCUUUGAUCCUAGGUUUAAGUUUAACUAUAUUGAGUGGUCUUUUAAUGAUAUGUAUGGGCAUUCUAGUGACCUUGCCAAGAAAAAUAUUGAAUGUGUCAAAACUAGUUUGUUUAAACUAUAUAAUUGGCAUAAAUCUGAUCAUGAUAAGAAUGUUGGGGCUAGUCCUUUAAGUGCACCAGGGAGCACUUCCCUUGGAGAAGCAUCUUCCCAACCAAAAGAACCAUCACCUUUUACAAGGGCUAAUGCUUUUAAGAAACAUCUGAAGGAAAAAGACACAAUUGAAAAUGAAAAUGAACUAGAGAAGUACUUAGGUGACCCUUGUUGCGGGGAGGGGGAAAAUUUUAGUAUUCUUAAUUGGUGGAAGGAAAAUUGCACCCGUUAUCCUAUAUUAGCAACCUUGGUUCGGGAUGUGUUGGCAACACCUGUUUCUAGUGUACGUUAUUAA